GACUGAUUCUCAAUCAAACGGUUGGUAUUUAAAAAUCAAACCUAAUCAGAAAUAUACGACAUGUCGUUUUGGUAAAGUCUUGAAACGACAGUCACUGGCCAUUCCGGUCUCCCGUUGCCCUUCCAUUUUAUAUAGUAUCUUUUAUCUUUGUUAGCUCUCUCACUCUCUCUCAGCUACUCUCACCAGAACCUUCUUCACCAACAACUCUUUCUCUCUCUCAGCUUCUUCUUCUUCGAUCAUCAUGGGGAAAAUCAAGAUCGGAAUCAACGGAUUUGGAAGAAUCGGUAGGUUGGUGGCUAGGGUUGCUUUACAGAGGGAUGAUGUUGAACUAGUUGCUGUUAACGAUCCAUUCAUCACCACUGAUUACAUGACCUACAUGUUCAAGUAUGACAGUGUUCACGGUCAGUGGAAGCAUUUUGAUCUUAAAGUUAAGGACGAGAAGACCCUUCUUUUCGGCGAUAAGCCCGUCGCUGUCUUUGGCAACAGGAACCCAGAAGAGAUCCCAUGGGGUCAGGUUGGAGCUGAUUUCAUUGUGGAAUCUACUGGAGUUUUCACUGACAAGGACAAGGCUGCUGCCCAUUUGAAGGGAGGUGCCAAGAAGGUCAUCAUUUCAGCUCCCAGCAAGGAUGCUCCCAUGUUUGUUGUGGGUGUCAAUGAGCACGAAUACAAGUCAGAUCUUCACAUUAUUUCCAAUGCCAGUUGCACUACCAACUGCCUUGCACCCCUUGCCAAGGUCAUUAAUGAUAGAUUUGGCAUUGUCGAGGGUCUGAUGACCACCGUGCACUCCAUCACUGCCACUCAAAAAACUGUUGAUGGACCAUCUGCCAAGGACUGGAGAGGUGGAAGAGCUGCUUCAUUCAACAUCAUUCCUAGCAGUACUGGAGCUGCUAAGGCUGUUGGGAAAGUGCUUCCAGCUUUGAACGGAAAAUUGACUGGAAUGGCAUUCCGUGUUCCUACUGUUGAUGUCUCAGUGGUUGACCUCACAGUAAGGCUGGAGAAGGCUGCCACCUACGAGCAGAUUAAAGCUGCUAUCAAGGAGGAAUCUGAGGGUAAAAUGAAGGGAAUCUUGGGUUACACCGAGGAUGACGUGGUUUCCACUGACUUUGUGGGUGACAACAGGUCAAGCAUCUUCGAUGCCAAGGCCGGAAUUGCUUUGAAUGACAAGUUUGUUAAGCUUGUUUCGUGGUAUGACAACGAGUGGGGUUACAGCACCCGUGUGAUUGACCUCAUUGUCCAUGUUGCAAAAACCAAGUGAAAUAGCUAGACUGGGCUUCUGCUAAUGGUGUUAUCUCUAUUGGCUUAUGAUAUUUAUCAGUCUUCUGCUUCUCAUUAUCGAAAAUAAGAGGAUUUUUUUUUAUAAAAAAAUUACUUGGGUGUUUAUACCAAGUCUUUGUACUCUAGAUCAUUUAGUUUCAGUGUGAUCAAUGAUGGGGCAAUAGAUGUGCUCCAUGUUUUGUUUUCAAGAUAGUAAACCUUUAUUUGCCGGUAUAUUUGUUUUUGCUGAGUUUAUUACUCUAAUGCUAAAGGGCAUCUUAUGGGGUUUUUGCA